UCAUUUUGAACUAAUCAUUAAUGAACUACCCAUCACUAGCACGCACACGAAACUUCUGGGAACGCGUGCACGAACAUAUCAGGUCGGAAUUUGGACCCGCAGUCCGUCCCUGCUGGACAUUAAUAUACAUUUUCAAUCAACGAAGAGAUGGAAAACAUCACACUAUGCCUAUGCUUCUUUAUGAUCUUCUGUAUUAUAGUUUCAACUUGGAAAAUAUACAAUAGACGACUUCAAUUACCUCCAGGACCAACCCCACUGCCACUUGUCGGGAACAUAUUUCAAGGAAGCUAUGUUCUGUACAAAUCUUACAACAAGCUGUGUAAGCGGUAUGGUCCAGUCUUCACUGUUUGGCUGGGUAAUUCACCAGUGGUUGUAUUAUGUGGCUAUCAAGUGGUUAAAGAAGCAUUGAUCCAUUAUUCCCAUCAAUUCAGUGCUCGUGGUCCUCUACCAAUAUCAGAGAGAUUGGCACAAGGAUAUGGUAUUAUCACUACGAAUAGUAACCGUUGGGAACAAAUGAGACGAUUUGCUUUGACCACAUUAAGGAAUUUUGGAAUGGGGAAGCGAUCCAUGGAACAUAGAGUGCAAGAGGAGGCUCAGUAUCUUGUCAAGGCCAUAGAAGAUACAUGUGGGGAAACAUUCAACCCUAAAGUGGUUCUUGCACGUGCCGUAAACAAUGUUAUAAACUUGGUGGUAUUUGGUAGACGCUGGGACUAUGAAGAAAAGAUGUUAUUGACGCUCCUGAACACUAUAACUAAUUUACUUAACUUUAUCCGAUCACCUCUAGGAGUGGCAUAUGCUUCCUUUGAGGGGAUAAUGAAGUAUUUGCCUGGCCCUCAUCAGAAGAUUUUUGAAGAUUGUGAACGUUUAAAAUGUUUCAUUAAGGAGCAAAUGAAUUCUCACAGGAACACCCUGAAUCCAGACUCCCCACGAGACUUUAUAGACUGCUUCCUCAUCCAAGCAAACAAGGAGAAAGGACGGAACAAUAAUGAAUUCUGUGAAGAGAAUCUGGCUGUUUCAGUCUUCGAGUUGUUUGCAGCUGGAACAGAGACCACAGCAAAUACUCUGCAGUUCAGUCUCCUGGUGAUGAUCAAAUAUCCACAUAUCCAAGACAAAAUACAAAAGGAGAUACAUACAGUGAUUGGACCAGACAGACUUCCUGGAAUUUCUGAUCGCAUCCACAUGCCCUACACUAAUGCCGUGAUACAUGAGAUCAUGAGGUAUUUAGACCUUACCCCAAUGGCUCUCCCUCAUCUGGUGACUGAGGACACACACUUCAGAGGAUAUACAAUCCCCAAGGGCACCACUGUAAUUCCCCUUCUUAGCUCCGUACUCUCAGACCCAGAUCACUGGAAGACCCCUUAUGACUUUAAUCCAGAACACUUCCUGGAUGAGAAUGGAAUGUUCUGCACACAGGAAGCAUUGAUGCCUUUCUCAGCAGGAAAGAGGAUCUGCCCAGGAGAAGGACUGGCACGCAUGGAGAUCUUCCUCUUCGUCACUGCUCUUCUUCAUAAAUUCACAUUAAAACCUGCAAACAACAGUGAUACCUUCAACCUGGAGAUUCUGAGACGAGCCUUCCGAAAUAAUGGACUUGAUUACAAUCUGAGAGCCUAUCCCAGAGCACAUAAUGACCAAGGAUGAUUGCUAUUUUUGUCAAGAAAGCUAUAUUCUGUGAAAACAUUUAGCAAGAAUAUUAACCCAGAAAUUAAAAUGUGGAGUUCAGUAUUAACAUUAAUUCCUGAGUUACAUUUGAUCUACUGUUCACUUUAAGAUAAUCUGAAUCUGCUAGCUCUGUUUUAACAUAGUACAGUAUAGUAACUUAAUAGUGGUGAAUGAAUAAAGUAUGUAGCAAAUGAAUACAGCUUUAGGUCAUUAGGUUUAUGUUGCUCUUAAUUUUGCAUGAUUAAAAAAUG